CGCGCGAGAGCGGCUUUCCUUAUAUAAACGCGAAUCGGACGGCGAGUCGAGUCUUGGCUCGAUCCUCCUAGGGAGGGUGCGCGAGACCGAUUUUUCACGCGACACCGGUCGGGCUGUCGACUGUUUCGGCGUUCAUAUAAUUAUAUGGUGAUACGGGUAUAAUUUCAUCGGCCCUGUGUAGCCGUGCUCCGAAGAGGUCGAGUGUGCAGAAGAGGCUUGCGGAGGAACAACCCCCGGGUGAAACUAUAACGGCCUCAAAAUGCUCACCACGUUCGUACAAAAGGCAAAAGUCUUUUACGAAACUUACGCCCUGGCCGUCGUGUCCUUGGGAUACGUGAUAGGCGAAUUGGGCCACUAUUUGAUCGGUGUGACGAGCAAAGCGAUAGCCACUGAUUUACACUACGGCGACAUAGCCUGUCAGUUCAACUCGAGUACGUUGGAACUCACGGAGCUACCGAUCCAGUGCGACACUGCCAACAGUUCCGAAGUGUGCGAGUCGUUAGAGGUGAAUGGCACGCGCUACUGCGAGUGGAACUACAAUGGCCUGGGCUUGGAUUACCAGAUACUGGCCGGGCCGAGUUUCAUCGCCGUUUUCACGAUCGUCGGGGUCAUUCUCGGCAUAGCUGCCGAUAGGUUCAACAGAGUGAGAAUGCUGUCGGUUUGCACGCUGGUCUUUGGCGUGGCGGUGAUACUACAGGGCGCCGUCACCAAUUACUGGCAACUCUUUAUCCUUCGGAUGCUCGCCGCUGCUGGGGAAGCAGGAUGUAACCCGCUCUCGACCGGUUUGCUGUCCGAUUGGUUCGACGAGGACAAGCGCGGCCUCGUCAUGUCGAUCUUCAACUGGGGAGUCUACGGUGGCUACGGCAUCGCCUUCCCCGUCGGCCGGUACAUACCUCAGCUCAACAUUUGGGGACUGGGCUGGAGGGCGUGUUACUACGGUGCCGGCAUAAUCGGGCUGAUCAUGGCCUUUUUGACCUCGACCACGCUUAAAGAACCCGAGCGAAGGGUGAUCGGCGAGGACAAGAACGACAACAAAAAAUCACAGUGGAAGCAGCUGCUCCAGCCUAGGAUCAUCAUUCUGGUGAUAGCGGCGAGCAUCAGGCACAGCGGGGGCAUGUGCUUCGCGUACAACUGCGACCUGUACUACCGCUCGUACUUCCCGGACUACGAUCUCGGCUGGUGGUUGUUCGCCGUGACGAUAGUGAUCGGUAGCAUCGGCGUCGUCGUCGGAGGCAUCGUCAGCGACAAGUUCGUCGCCAAGAUGGGCAUACGCUCGCGGGUCGCCGUCCUCGUCGUCAGCCAACUCAUCGCCACGCCCUUCGCCUUCGGCUCCGUCUACUUCGCUCCCACCUGGGCCAUGAUCACUCUCGGCAUAUCAUACUUUUUCGCUGAAAUGUGGUUCGGCAUACUGUUCGCCAUCGUCGUGGAGAUCGUCCCCUUGAGCCUGAGAUCGACCACAGUCGGCGUCUUCCUGUUCGUGAUGAACAACAUCGGCGGUAACUUGCCGAUCCUCGUCGAGCCCGUCAGCAAAGCCAUCGGCUACAGGGAGUCACUAUACAUAUUCUACGCCGGUUUCUACGGAAUAAGUUCGCUGAUGUUCCUGGCGACGAUGUUCAUGAUGCCCGGGGCUCCGAAGAAGCCGAGGGAGCCCGGCGAGAGCCACGACAAUCGCAACUACGUCGACGACGAGGGUAAGGCGUCGACGCUCGAGUUGCCCCGGUUACCCGCGAGGAUGAACCCCGGCUUCGACAACUCGCACCUGUGAGCUGUAGAUCGGCCGAUCCUCGUGUUGUACCUAUAUACAAUUUCGUUCAACGAGCACAUAAUCUUAUAUGUACGAUUGUUGAGUAUUUUUGCCGAUUGUCGUUAAAUGGAGCUCAACGGCGCGUUUACGCAAAGUGUUCAGUAUAGAGAAUCUCAGCUGCAGUAUUAUGAAUACUAUAGGUACACAUACAUAUACGCGUACUUUGAUUGCGCUCGAAUAAUCAGGAUGUAUGUGAUGGUGAGACGAUACACCCACACGUACUGUACAUAAUUCAGUUUAAUUCUUACUGUUUUUUUCUUUUUUGUUGUUGUAAAUACUAUUUGUAUAACUGUACUGUCGUAGCGCAAUUUUACAAGGAAUAAACAGUUUAUGUAACAUGUGUUGAAAUAAAAAAAAAUAAAAAUAAUAUAAUAUAUAUACGCUGA